AUGCUUGCUGCUGCGGUAUCGUUGUUGAUUCAGCGCGCCAACUCUAAGAGACUGGACUGGACCUUGGACCGGAGGUCACAGGAGGCAAGGUACCUGACGCAGAAGCAAAACAUUCUGGCUCCCUUUAUUCGAAAGCCAGAUACGAAGGCCUCCUGGUCCGGCAGAUACAUAUUGAGCUGCUCGUCCCCCACAUCCUGCCACAACCUCUGA